AUGGUUGUACAAUAUCCUUCUUCCUCUUUGAUGACGGACUUCCUCCGCCAGUGCGGCGGCGCCGCCGUCAUCGACGGGGGACUCGCGACGGAGCUCGAAAGGCACGGGGCUGACCUCAAUGAUCCUCUGUGGAGUGCUAAGUGCCUCAUCAACUCACCUCACCUUCUAAGAAGGGUUCACUUGGACUACCUUGAAGCUGGUGCAAAUAUCAUUAUAUCCGCAUCUUAUCAGGCUACUCUUCAUGGAUUUGCAGCUAAGGGGCUUUCAGGGAAAGAAGCUGAAGCCUUACUGGAAAAAAGCGUAAAGAUAGCUUGCGAGGCUCGUGAUAUAUACUACGAGAGGGCCACUAAAGGCUCGUGGGAUAUUUUAAACGACGGAAUAUCUCCAAAACAACAACGUCCAAUCUUGGUUGCUGCAUCUGUUGGGAGCUAUGGCGCUUAUCUCGCGGAUGGUUCAGAGUAUAGAGGGAUUUAUGGGGAUAACAUGGGCUUGGAAGCUCUCAAAGAUUUUCACCGUAGAAGGGUUCAGGUUUUGGCUGGGUCGGGAGCCGAUUUGAUUGCAUUUGAGACCAUCCCAAAUAAGCUGGAAGCUAAGGCAUAUGCAGAGCUUCUGGAAGAAGAGGGAAUUAACAUACCUGCCUGGUUUUCCUUCACUUCCAAUGACGGGAACCAUGCAGCCAGUGGCGACCCAAUUGAAGAAUGUGCCUUAGUUGCUGAGAAUAGCGCACGAGUGAUUGGAGUUGGAAUAAACUGCACCCCACCAAGGCACAUUCUUGGUUUGAUCCAAUCAAUAAAAUCGGUGACUACAAAACCGAUUCUCAUAUAUCCGAACAGUGGCGAGACUUAUGAUGGGAACACAAAGGAAUGGAUGCCGUCAAUGAGUGCCUCGGAUGUUGAUUUUGUUUCGUACGUGGGGAAAUGGAGGGAAGCAGGGGCUUCUCUGAUCGGGGGUUGCUGCAGGACCACACCAAACACCAUUGCAGCUAUUUCCAAGGUUCUUUCAAAAAAACUGAUUAUAGAGGGAAAAAAAUAA